CUAAUAGAGUUAGCCGCAGAUUUUUAAAUGUGCUUGUAAAUUCUUGCAGUUUUUUUUUUUUACGUUUUCUUUCACAUACAGCUUUAAUCGCGAUAUGAGCUUUUGGUAAGCAUUGAGCGCUCGUGUUUUGGUUAGCUUGGUCAGCUGUGUACACAAACGUUAAAAUGAUUUAGCAUGUUUGAUUUUAGCUGUCAAACUGUCAGGCAUGUUUACGGAGCUCAACAGCAUCCUAAACGUCACUCCGGACAACUUCACACAGGGAGAGUUUAUCUUGGUCUCUGACAGACAGACUGAUGGAUCUUUCCUAAUUCAUCACUUCCUCUCUUUUUACCUCCGAGCUCGUUGCAGAGUGUGUUUUCUGGGUCUGGUGCAGUCUUUCAGCCACUACAGUGCAGUCAGCCAGAGACUGGGUUUAAAUUUGACUCGCGCAAAGGAAAGGGGGCAGCUGGUUUUCCUUGAAGGACUGAAGGAUUCAUUGUCUUUUUUAAUUUCUCAAGAAUGUACCAGUGGAAGCCAAACUGUGGACUUUUUGAGGGAUCCUGCAUCUGGCCUGCGGAGUCUGUAUGAGUUUGUUUGUGCUAGUGUAAGCAGUUCUGGCGAUGGUGGAGUGAAGGUGGAGGACACAGCGAAGUGGGGCCCCCCAGUUUUGCUGGUGGAUGACCUCAGUGUGCUAUUGAGUCUGGGGGUUCACAUUGGAGCCAUUCUGGACUUCAGCCACUAUUGCAAAGCCACCGUCUGCUCUCAGCUGCAGGGGAAUGUUGUGAUGCUAACACGGUGUGAUGGUGAAGAGGAGGAAGACGAUGGAGACGAUGAAGGCUCAGAGAGACUCCUGAAGGGCCUGACCCACCAAUGUAGCCUUUCUCUUCAUGUGCGGGGUCUCCCCACUGGCUUCUGCAGGGACAUCCAUGGGCAGGUGGAGGUGUAUUGGAGGCAGAGACGAUGUGAUGGGCAGCGCACAAAUAAGAAACUUUUUCAGUAUAAAGUUCAUGAUAAAGGAGCCUCAUUCUUUGCUCGUGGGACAUCCAGUGCUGUUUUGUAGUAAAUCAUAUCUAACCAGUGUUAGACAUGAGAUAUGUUUCUGUGUAGGCUCUCAGUUGUCCAGGUGGUUUCCAUAGUAGAGAACCUUCUCUACCAUGUGAGAUAUAGUGUAACUAUUUUUCCUCUCUGCAAUGAUGGUUGCUUCAUCUGAUAAUACACUUAAACCAUAGACAUUGUCAAGUUUUAUAUUUGAUUUAUUGACAUUAAAGCCACAUUUUGGAACAUA